UGGGUACCGGGGAUGAAGAGAGCUGGGUACCGGGGAUGGAGAGAGCUGGGUACCGGGGAUGGAGAGCGCUGGGUACCGGGGAUGGAGAGAGCUGGGUACCGGGGAUGGAGAGCGCUGGGUACCGGGGAUGGAGAGAGCUGGAUACCGGGGAUGAAGAGAGCUGGGUACCGGGGAUGGGGAGCGCUGGGUACCGGGGAUGGAGAGAGCUGGGUACCGGGGAUGGAGAGCGCUGGGUACCGGGGAUGGAGGGCCCGGGGCUGUAGCGGGUGCAGAUGGGCACAGUCGCGGUAACACGCUCGGGCUGCUCGGUGUCACGGAAAGUUUGAGCCCCCGGGGCAGAGCGUUGCCCUCUCCUGGACUCUGCUCCCCGCUUUCCCCGAUGGAAGCUUUGUCCUCUCCCUGGAAAAGCUGGCUUUCCCUGGCACGGAGUGACAAAGGAAGCAUCCUGCUCCCCCGGGCUCCCCACAGCCCCCGAGCCGGAGCCAGGGAAUGACUUCAACAGCAAGGACCAAACCCUGGCGGGAGGCUCCCUUCAAGUCCUGCAGGGUCACACUGAGCUCACCCCAAAGCUUCUCCUCCCCAGGUGAGCAUUGCCAGCUCUCCCAGCAGAGCUGCUCCAUCCCUCUGACCCCCUGAGCCUCCUCUGGGCUCCUCCAGCAGCUCCAGGUGCUGGCCCAGGGCUGGGGCAGCUCUGGAGUCUCAGCUGAGCUCAGGGGCACAAUCCCCAUCCCUUUCCUGCUGCCCACGCUGCUUUUGAUGUCAUCACGUGAGAAAACACCAGGAUUGACUGACACCAGUGGAUGUCACCCAGACAUCGAUGGAUGUCACCCAGACACUGAUGGAUGUCACCCAGACACUGAUGGAUGUCACCCAGACACCGAUGGAUGUCACCCAAGGACGAUGGAUGUCACCCAAGGACCAUGGAUGUCACCCAGACACCGAUGGAUGUCACCCAAGGAUGAUGAUGUCACCCAGACACCGAUGGAUGUCACCCAAGGACAAUGGAUGUCACCCAGACAUCGAUGGAUGUCACCCAAGGACGAUGGAUGUCACCCAAGGACGAUGGAUGUCACCCAGACACCGAUGGAUGUCACCCAGACAUCGAUGGAUGUCACCCAAGGAUGAUGAUGUCACCCAAGGAUGAUGAUGUCACCCAGACACCGAUGAUGUCACCCAAGGACCAUGGAUGUCACCCAAGGACCAUGGAUGUCACCCAAGGAUGUGCUCAAGGGCUGGCAGUGGCUCCCCAGCCUGGCUGUUCGUUGCCUUCAGGCAAACACAAAUUGCCAAAGCAGCUCUGCAGCACUUCAACCCUGGCUGGCUCCUCAGUCUGUCUGGGCAAAGUGACUCCUCCUGCAGCCAAUCCUGCAGCCAUUCCUGCAGCCAUUCCUGCAUCCAAUCCUGCAGCAAAACAUUCCUGCAUCCAAUCAUUCCUGCAGCCAUUCCUGCAUCCAAUCAUUCCUGCCUGCAGCCAUUCCUGCAUCCAAUCAUUCCUGCAUCCAAUCAUUCCUGCAUCCAAUCCUGCAGCCAAUCCUGCAUCCAAUCAUUCCUGCAUCCAAUCAUUCCUGCAUCCAAUCAUUCCUGCAGCCAUUCCUGCAUCCAAUCAUUCCUGCAGCUACUCCUGCAGCCAUCCAUUCCUGCAGCCAUCCAUUCCUGCAGCCAUCCAUUCCUGCAGCCAAUCAUUCCUGCAGCCAAUCCUGCAUCCAAUCAUUCCUGCAGCCAGCCAUUCCUGCAGCUAUUCCUGCAGCCAUCCAUUCCUGCAAUCAUUCCUGCAGCUAUCCAUCCAUUCCUGCAGCUAUUCCUGCAUCCAGUCAUUCCUGCAGCCAUCCAUUCCUGCAUCAUUCCCCCUCUCUCCCCAGCCCUCCAAAGGCCAAUGGAACAUCAGAGGGACACACUGCAGAGCUUUGUUUUCCUCUCUCCUUAACUGCUUUUUUAGCAUUUUAAAACACAGUGCACUCAUGAAAGGCUGUAAAAUUCCUCAUAAAGUUGACUGUGCCACAGGAUUAUAGAAUA